UAAUACAUUCGCAAUAAGUUAUUGCCAACCGCUCCUGCGUAACCAACAGGACUCUUCGGUUGUCGCUCUGUUCCGUCUUGUUGUGUGUAAGACUCGCGCGACUUCCGCUUUGAGCGUCAAAUAUGGCCACGUCCAGACUAGAGAUCAAUUUUAUCAGGUUAUUAUCGCGCUGUGAAUCUCUGGCUUCAGAGAAAAGAAAUGAGACCGACUGGAGACUAGAGAAGUACGUUGGUGCUCUUGAGGAGAUGCUUGUUGCCCUUAAAAAGAGUCCCAGCAAACCAACACCGGAAAUACUGACGGACUACAACCGCAAGGUGGACUUCCUCAAGGGUCUCUUAGAGGCAGACAAACUGCCGUCUCCAGCAGAGAAGUCUUUGGCCAAUCAGUUUCUGGCUCCUGGACGGACGCCUACGAUAUCCAGCGAGAGAACGCCGGCCAGUAAGACGGUGCACAUUCAGAGUAAAGCGCGAUGUGCUGGAGAAAUGAGGAAGGAGCUGAUGAGUACCGUGCGACACUUUCCUCUUUCAGCUACUAAUCAGGCUGUGUCAAGUUCUGGUUCAUUGGAUACGGAUCUCAGACACAGAAAGAGUAUUCCUGUAGACGAGCGGCAGUCGGCGGCAGAGCUGGACGCUAUUCUACAGCAUCAUCACAACCUGCAGGAGAAACUAGCUGAUGACAUGCUGAAUCUCGCUCGCAACCUGAAGAACAACACGCUCGCGGCCCAGAAGUUCAUUGGAUACGGAUCUCAGACACAGAAAGAGUAUUCCUGUAGACGAGCGGCAGUCGGCGGCAGAGCUGGACGCUAUUCUACAGCAUCAUCACAACCUGCAGGAGAAACUAGCUGAUGACAUGCUGAAUCUCGCUCGCAACCUGAAGAACAACACGCUCGCGGCCCAGAACAUCAUCAAGCAGGAC